AUGGUAACUGGUGUGAAAGCGGAGGUAGAUGGAAUUAUCGAGUCUCAGGCACUCAUAAAUACAGAAUUUGAAAAACAAAAAACGGAUCUGCAAAACACGAAAAAGCAAGUACAUACUCUUCUGAAUUGCGACAAAAAGAAGGCUCAAGAGGUCAUUAACCUUAAUAAGCAAUUGACAGAGCAAAAUCAUGCAUUAACCGAGGCGAGAAGUCUGAAUGACCUUGAACAGUAUGGUAGAAGGAAUAUGGUUGAUGUGAGAGGGUUAUCGAGAAUUGGAAAAGAAAAUACAGAUCAAAUCAUUCUGGGUCUUGCCGAGUUUAUGAAUGUAAGGAUGGAGCUUGGUGACAUAGAAAUAAGUCACAGAACAUCACAAGAUGAAAACGCAGCGAAAAUUGUUAAGUUUGCGUCAAGAAGGAUUAGAGAUCAGUUUUGGGAAAACCGCAAAAAAACAUGGGACCAAACCGCAGAUGUUUUGGGUUUUGAAGGUUCAGAGAGUUAUAUAUACAUAAAUGAAAGUCUAACAGCAACAAACGGCAGUCUCUUCAAAACAGCAAGAGAUCGGCUGAAGAAAGAAAAAAAAAAAUGA